AUGUCGAAGAAGCCAGAGCAGUUUGAAUCCGAUCGGCUUCUCUAUGCAGCUUCGCUGGGACAUGCUGGUGCUGUUAAACUUCUCCUAGAGGCUGGGGCACAGGUAGACAGCAGGGAUAAGAAUAAAAGCACAUCGCUUCACAAGGCAGCUUCAGGAGGACAUGUUGAUGUUGCUAAACUCCUCCUCCAGGCUGAGGCACAGGUGGACAGCAGGGAUGAGUUUGAAUCCACCCCAAUUCACAAGGCAGCUUCAGGGGGACAUGUCGGUGUUGUUGAUCUCCUCCUUAAGAAGGGAGCGCAGCUGGAGAGUAAGGAUGAGAUUGGAGACACACCACUUCACAAGGCAGCUUCAGGAGGACAUGUCGGUGUUGCUGAACUCCUCCUGAAGGCUGGAGCACGGGUGGACAGCAGAGACGAGAAUAAAUCCACCCCGCUUCACAAGGCAGCUUCAGGAGGACAUGUUGGUGUUGUAGAACUCCUUCUACUUAUGAAAGCCCAAGUGGAUAGCAGGGAAAAGGUUGGUGAAACGCCGCUUCACAAGGCAUCUGCACGAGGACAUGUUGGUGUUGCUGAACUCCUCCUUGAGGCUGGGGCACGGGUAGACAGCAAGGGUUGGAGUAAAUCUACCCCAAUUCAUCAGGCAGCUUCAGGAGGACAUGUUGGUGUUGUUGAACUUCUCCUCAAGGCUGGAGCACAAGUGAACAACAGGGAUAGGUCUGAAUCCACUCUGCUUCACGAGGCAGCUUCAGGAGGACAUGUCGGUGUUGUUAAACUCCUCCUUGGUGCAAAAGUACAAGUGGACAGCAGGGAUACGAGUGAAAGCACAUCGCUUCACAAGGCAGCUUCAGGAGGACAUGUUGAUGUUGUAGAACUCCUGCUUGAGGCUGGGGCACAGGUGGACAGCAGGGAUAUGUUUGAAUCCACUCCGCUUCAACUAGCAGCUUCAGGAGGACAUAAGGGUGUUGUUGAACUCCUCCUUUACCACGGGGCACAGGUGGACAGCAGAGAUACGAGUGAAAGCACAUCGCUUCACAAGACAGCUGCAGGAGGAGAUGUUGAUGUUGCUAAACUCCUCCUUGAGGCUGGGGCACGGGUGGACAGCAGGGAUAAGGUAAAAUCUACUCCACUUCACAAGGCAGCUUCAGGAGGACAUGUCCGUGUUGCUGAAGUCCUCCUUAAGAAGGGAGCGCAGGUGGACAGCAGGGAUGAGCUUCAGGGGGACAUGUUGGUGCUGUUGGACUCCUCCUUGGCGCUGGGGCACAAGUGGACAGUAAGAGUGAGACUAGAGACACUCCGCUUCACAAGGCAGCUUCAGGGGGACAUGUCGGUGUUGCUAAACUUCUCAUUGAGGCUGGGGCACGGGUGGGCAGAAGGGAUGCGGUAA